GGCCGGGGAAGUCUGGCCUCAAGGAUGGCAGAGCGGUUUGGGGACAAAUGGUUGAGCCGGGUUGCCGAUUCCGUGAUCACAAGCUAGAAAAGAUCCUCCAUGGAUGGCGAAGGCUAUCCCGCGUGCUUAGAUGGGAUAGACUAUGACGAUUUUCAGUUUGGGGCUCAUUUGAUUGAGCAGAAAGAGCUGUUCAUGGAGACAGUUGAAGGCCCAUUUCUCACUAUAAUCGAACAGCCAAAACAGCGAGGUUUCCGGUUCCGUUAUGGCUGUGAAGGGCCCUCGCAUGGUGGGCUACCUGGAGCAUCUAGUGAAAAGGGACACAAGACUUAUCCCACUGUCAAGAUCUCUAAUUACACUGGACUGGCUAGGAUAGAGGUGGACUUGGUGACACACACUGAUCCUCCACAAGUGCAUGCUCACAGUCUUGUGGGAAAACAGUGUAAUGAAGCUGGCAACUGCAUUGUGAUGGUGGGCCCAAAGGACAUGACUGCCCAAUUUAAUAACCUAGGUGUGCUCCAUGUGACUAAGAAAAACAUGAUGGAAGUCAUCAAGGAGAAACUGCAGAAGCAAAAGAUGCGAAACAGAGCACAACCUCUGACAGCAGAAUCUGAACAAGAAUUGAUUGAUCAAGAGGCAAAAGAGUUGAAGAAGACAAUGGAUCUCAGCAUUGUUCGUUUACGCUUCAAUGCCUAUCUUCGCGAUAGUAGUGGAAACUUCACUUUAGCAUUAAAUUCUGUUAUUUCCGACCCCAUUCAUGAUAGCAAAUCUCCUGGAGCUUCCAAUUUAAAAAUAUCUCGGAUGGAUAAGACGGCAGGCUCAGUGCGAGGUGGAGAUGAAGUAUAUUUGCUGUGUGAUAAAGUCCAGAAAGAUGAUAUUGAGGUGCGUUUUUAUGAAGAUGAUGAGAAUGGUUGGCAGGCCUUUGGAGAUUUCUCCCCCACAGAUGUGCAUAAACAGUACGCCAUUGUGUUCCGUACUCCGCCUUAUCACAAGACAAAAAUAGAUCGUCCAGUCACUGUGUUCCUUCAGUUGAAGCGCAAGCGAGGGGGUGACGUGAGUGACUCCAAGCAGUUUACAUACUACCCAGUGGUAGAAGAUAAGGAAGAAGUGGAAAGGAAGCGUAAGAAGAUCUUACCUCAGUUCCCCCAGCACUUUGGUGGCGGUGCGCCUAUGGGAGGCGCUGGUGGUGGAGGUAGUGGAUUUGGUUCUAGUGGAGCUGGGAGUCCCUGGCAUUCUUCAGGAUAUAGUCCAUAUAACAACAGCAUCUACCUAUCUGGAUCGCAUCCUAUAGGCAACUAUCAAGGUGGAAGAGGGAUCCAGAUGCCCAGAACUUCUAGACUGAAAGAUAGUGAACAUCAUCCUUCAGAAGAUGACAGCGAUUAUAUUGAACUGCUGCAGCAUGCUCAGGAAUGCAGUUCCUGGAUGCUCAUGGUAGCUCGGCGCAGUGCCCAGGCACUUUUGGAUUAUGCAGUUACUGCUGACCCACGUAUGUUGUUGGCUGUCCAAAGACACCUGGCUGCUUCUCAGGAUGAAAAUGGAGAUUCGCCUUUGCACUUAGCUAUUAUUCAUGAGCAGACUGCUGUGAUUAUGCAACUGGUCCAGGUGGCUGUAAGCAUUCCUAAUCAACAGAUCAUCAACAUCACAAAUCACUUACAGCAGACACCGUUACAUCUGGCUGUGAUCACCCAUCAGCCCAGAGUGGCUGCUUUCUUACUUCAGGCUGGAGCAGAUCCCACUUUACUGGAUCGAUACGGCAACUCAGUCGUGCAUUUGGCUGUACAUUUGGAUGACGAAGUGAUGCUGAAGAUUCUUCUCUGUCAUUUGGACCCCCAGAUUCUCCCACUUCUUGAGAUACCUAACUAUCUUGGUCUUUUUCCUGUGCAUCUUGCGGUGAAGUACGCAAGACCCGCCUGUCUUGAGUUGCUAGUUGAGAAAGGAGCGAACGUGAAUGCAGCAGAACGGCAGAGUGGACAGACACCUUUACAUCUAGCUAUUGAAAUGGAUAAUCUUAACAUGACUGCAUGUUUGAUGAAGAAGCUGGGAGCUGAUGUAAAUGCUCGGACAUCUGCUGGGAAUACACCCCUUCAUUUGGCAGCAGCGUUGGGUUCUCCAAUUCUUACAAGGAUGCUAAUCAGUGCAGGAGCAGAUGUUUUAUGCGAAAACGAUGAGCCCGUUUCAGACCCCUCAUCUCCACCCAGCAGUGACAUUGAGCUGGAGGAAGAGGAAUGGGUCACAGAACUGGAAGAGACUUACGCUGACUUGACGGAGCAAGGCCUGGAUUAUAUUUCUGUGCUGGAGAGCGAGCAGUCCAAAACGAAUCAGGGUCGGGGACACACCCCAUUUGAUUUGGCUUGUAGCCAGAAGGUAAGAGAAAUACUACUACAAGCUUCAAAACAGGAUGCUGGAAAGAAGCAGGGUGCAUCUAAGCAAGGGAGCAUCCUACUUUUGAAUAACGAUGUUCUUCAGAGGCUAGAGAAGCUCUUAAACCAGGGCUGCCAAGGGGCAAAUUGGACAGAACUGGCCAAGAAAUUAGGUCUCUGCAGUUUAGUGGAGAUGUACAAAGACACCAUUUCCCCCAGCCGAAAACUCCUGCUCAGCUACGAGAUUGCUGGCGGCAGUCUCGAAGGUCUGUUGGAAGCCCUUGGCUCUAUGGGACUGACAGAAGGCGUGAGGUUACUACAGAGAUUAGAGACCUUUGACAAGCUGCAAAGUGCAGAGCUGAAGGAAGACAGCGCUUACGGUAGUCAAUCCGUGGAAGCGGAACCAGCAGCUUUAUCUGGGAAACUGCAACCUGCCCCGUUGCUGGAGCCACCUUCUCCCUUGCCUCACAGCCAGCAGGAGCAAGUGCACUGACGCUAGAUGAACAUCCGGAGAAAAUGAGUAUUCAUUUCUUAAGCAUGGGCCUCUCCAGGGUCCAGGAUGCUGUCAUCAGUGAGAAUCGCUAUCCAGUCUGGGUCAUUCCCAUUUUUUCUUAGCCAGUCUGCGGCCUAUAUUAGCCAAAGCUCCGUAAAUGUGGAGAAAUCUGGUUACAUAGUCCAAUAUCUUUUAUCAAGCUCUGAUCCAGGCCUGCUUACAUUCUAGAAUGUUUUAACUAUGGUUCCACUCACCAUGUAGUGAGGGUUGGUUUGACAAUGAAAGCAGCCUGUGGGGCAAAAUUGGAUUUCAGUGACCCAAGCAGAUUAUUAUGAAUUAGUUUAACCGUUCUCUUGACUACACUUUUAAUAACUAUCAGCACGCGCCACUUGUUCAUGAGAAUGCUUUUAUCAAUAAUCAGUUUCCAUACCCCCCUGCCCAGUUUUUUGAUCCCAGAUAACUGCUUCCUUUUAUAUUCCUUAUUCAAAGAAGUCUUCUAUUGCAGAAUGCGUUCGAUGAGGGAAUAACUUAGUUUACUGUUCGUUGAUGAUUCAGGCUGCCCUGAGUUGUGUGCCAAGUAGGUGACUAUAUAAAUUGAUUACAUAAAAUAAACCUGUUUUUUACAGCAUUCCAAUGAUGCUAAUUCCCUCAGUAACUAAGUAACUAUCCUUGCUAAUAGAAGCUCAAGAGUUUGAAAUGACUUAUUUUUAAUUUUAAAUCUCUUCUGGUAUAUGAAUCUCCUUUGUUCAGAAAAUUAUAAAUUUCAUGACCAGGAAAAAGUGCAAAAUGGCUUAAAAAUCUCUUUAUUUUGUUGCUCAAUGAAGUUUUCUUUAGCAGUGUUUUGAUCUGGGAAAGGAAAAGGUACAGAGAGCAAAACAUUGCAGCAAUAACAACAUUCUGCCAGAAUGAAUUGUUUUAACAUUUAAAAAGUUUCUCAAGUCAAAAGUAUGGUUAUGUAUUGAUGUAGAGCUGCAAAAAUUCUGCCUUUAAAAUGUGGCUGAAAUGAACAUAAGAUUGUAGGAUAGUGAAGCUGAAUGCCAGUUUCUUGUAUUAAUAACAAUGUGUGACUAAAAGUAAUUAACAUGUAAAGUCAGAUUACUUUUGUAAAGAUGUAUGGAAAUAAUUGUUCAUUACUUUGCAUGCAGAAUCAGAGAUUUCCUGUGCUGAAUAAAAUUUUUCUACCUCU